AUGACCAGCCGUCGUGAUUUCCUGAGCCAGCCGGCCCCAGAAAAUUAUGUUGCCGGUAUUGGUCGAGGUGCCGUCGGCUUUACUACACGGUCCGAUCUGGGUCCUGCGCGCGAUGGGCCCAGCGAGGAGCAGAUCUCAUCAGCCAUCAAGAAGCGCUCCGAGCAGCUUGGCCUGACUGAAGCAAAGGAUGACGGCGGCGGCGGCGGCGGCGAAAACGAUGGCGAUGGGCGCUACCAAGACCCUGAUAACGAAGUUGGUCUAUUCGCAGGCGGUAUCUACGAGAAGGACGACGAGGAGGCAGAUCGCAUAUGGAAAGAGGUAGACGAGAAGAUGGCCAAGCGGCGCCAGAAGCAGAGGUUAAAUACCGACACAUCUUGUCUCUACCACAGGGAAACACGCGAGCGCGAAGAAGUGGCCGAAUACGAGCGCAAGAACCCAAAGAUCCAGCAGCAGUUUGCCGACUUGAAGCGCGCCCUUGGCUCUGUUACCGACGAUGAAUGGGCUAAUCUCCCUGACGUCAAAGACAUGACCGGCAAGACAAAACGCGAACGGGAGGCUCGCCGUCAGAGGUUCUACGCCGUUCCCGACUCCGUCCUCGCAGCCGCCCGCGAUGCUGGCGAGAUGGGCACCACGGUCAAUGAUGACAGUGCUGCGGAUGCCAAAGACGGGUCCAUGACGAACUUUGCCAAGAUUGGUGCUGCUCAGAAGAAGGUGCUCGAGGCCAGGCUCGACCAGGCGUCUCAGAACAGUGGCACUGCUACCUCCCUCGGUACGUCGACGAGCGUCGACCCCAAGGGAUACCUCACAUCCAUGGCCAAGGCCGGCGAGAUACCUGAGGUCAGCGUGGGGGAUGUGGAUUUCGCGCGCAAGCUGCUGAAGUCGGCCUACGAGUCAAAUCCGUUGCACCCGCCCGCCUGGAUCGCAGCCGCCAGGGUCGAGGAGCUUGCCGGGAAGGUGGUGACAGCGCGGAAUCUCAUCGCCAAGGGGUGUGCCAAAAACCCCAGAUCCGAGGACUUGUGGCUCGAGAAUAUCAGGAUGAACGAGAACCGAAACGCCAAGAUCAUUGCGGCAGAGGCUAUCAAGGCGAACAACAAGUCAGUGCGGCUCUGGGUGGAGGCCAUGAAGCUAGAGUUGGACUCUCGGUCCAAGAAAAAGGUGAUCCGGCAAGCCCUGCUCUACAUACCCAAGAGUGAGAUGCUGUGGAAAGAGGCGAUCAACCUCGAGGAGGACCCGGCAGACGCACGCCUGUUGCUGGCGAAGGCGGUGGAGGAAAUUCCCAACAGUGUCGAGCUCUGGCUCGCGCUGGCACACCUAGAGACACCAGCGAACGCGCAGAAGAUCAUACAAAAAGCACAGAGGGCGAAUCCCCAGAGUCAUGAGAUCUGGAUCGCUGGUGCGCGCCUUGUGGAGCAGAUGGGCCAGACCAAGAUCAACAUGAUGAAGCGUGCCAUCGUUGCACUUGCCAAGGAGUCCGCCAUGCCGAAACGCGAGGAAUGGAUUGCGGAAGCGGAGAAGUGUGAGGCGGAGGGUGCUGUGGUCACAUGCGCGAACAUCAUACAGGAGACGCUUGGCUGGGGCCUGGAUGAAGACGAUGACCGAAAGGAUACCUGGAUGGAGGACGCGAAGAUGAGUAUUGCGCGCGGGAGGUAUGAGACAGCACGCGCAAUCUAUGCCUACGCCUUACGCGUCUUCCCGACGAGCAAGACAGUCUGGCUGGCGGCAGUGGAUCUUGAGCGGAAUCACGGAAGCAAAGACGCCUUGUCGAAUGUCCUCAAGAAGGCCACCGAGGCUUGUCCACACUCAGAGACCCUCUGGCUGAUGCGCGCCAAGGAGAAGCUGCUGGCUGGCGAGCUGGACGAGGCACGGAAGGUUCUCGGCGAGGCGUUCCAGCAGAACCCGAACAACGAGGAGAUCUGGCUGGCAGCCGUCAAACUCGAGGCGGAUCAUGACUUCAAUGAUCAGGCACGGGAGCUGCUCAAGACAGCAAGACAACAAGCUCCCACCGACCGGGUCUUCAUGCGCAGCGUGGUCUUCGAGCGGCAACAGCGCAACAGCGAUGGCGCGCUCGAGCUCGUCGGCGACGCCCUGCAGCUCUUCCCGGCCUCGUCCAAGCUGCACAUGCUCAAGGGCCAGAUCUAUGAAGACAGAAAAGAGAUUCCCCAGGCCCGCCAAGCCUAUAGUAUAGGCGUCAAGGCUUGCCCCAAGAGCAUAUCCUUGUGGAUUCUCUACUCCCGGCUCGAGGAGAAGGCCGGUGCGACCGUCAAGGCACGCAGCGUCCUUGACCGCGCGCGCACUGCCGUCCCCAAGGCCCCCGAACUGUGGUGCGAAUUAAUCCGCGUCGAAAGGCGGGCCGGCAACAUGGCGCAGGCUAAGAACCUCAUGGCAUCCGCCCUCAAGGAGAUGCCCAAGAGCGGACUGCUGUGGAGCGAGCGUAUAUGGCACCUGGAGCCCCGCACGCAGCGGAAGCCGCUCGCGCUGCAGGCCAUCAAGGAGGUCGAAAAUGACCCAAUUCUCUUUGUGGCCGUAGCGCGAAUUUUCUGGGGCGAGAGGAAAUUGGAUCGUGCGCAGAGCUGGUUUGAGAAGGCUAUCGUGCUUGACGGUGACGUGGGUGACUCGUGGGCCUGGUAUUACAAGUUCCUGCUGCAACACGGCACCGAGGAGAAGCGCGAGGAGGUCAUUUCAAAGUGUGUGUCCAACGACCCGCGCCAUGGCGAGUAUUGGCAACCUAUUGCGAAGGACCCUGCACGAUGGAGGUGCUCUGUCGAGGACAACUUGAAGCAUGUAGCUGCUUCAUUGCCAAACUAGGAGACGGUAUGACAUUGUCGCGGCAGUCGAGCUGUAUCAAGCAACGAGGGGAUUAUGGAGUAUGUAAAGGAGUUUUUCUACCCCGUCGUAGGAAGCGGCUGUCUUUUUAGGCAACACAAAAUGGAAUGAUCAAGCCACAAAAAUCGUUAGAGAUGUGAAGAGGUUAAUUAUCCU